CCAAAUCAUCCAAAAUAAAUGCGCUGCUAAUUCAUCUCUAAUCCAUCAUCAAACCAGUAUCAAAAUUUUUUUCGGGGGGAACCAAAAUAAAAAUAAAAUAAAACAGAGAGCAGAAAAGAGCGAAGUGAAAAAGCAGAGAAAUUGUAUUCGUAGAGGAAAAAAAAUGAGUCGACACUAGGCAUGCGUAUCACAGUCAAAACAAGUCAGUGAGAGACAGGGCCUUCUUAUCUAUGUAUUCAAACGCGCGCGGUACAAAAAUCGACAUUUAAAAUUGAUAGAGUCGAGAAAAAUAGAGAAAUUUAAUUCAUUUUGGUCGGUAAAUGGACGAUAAUUAGCGUGAAAGUGUUUUAAAGUUACGGACAAGUCAAAAAGUCAUCGGAUAAGUGAAGAAGUGUGUUAAAAAUUUCUAUAAGGAAAUCGACAAUCAUAAAUUUGUCAAGGGUGGACUUUUUCACCUCAGUUUGUGCUGCGCAACGAAAUCAAAACACUUAAAAUAUAUUAAAAAUUUAAUUAAGAGAAAGGAAAAUUGAAGCAUGUCUGAUCGCGAUCGUGAUUACAUUGGCUUCGGGUCACUUCCAUUACAGUAUCAUCGAAAAUCAGUGAAGCGCGGCUUUGAAUUCACAUUGAUGGUCGUCGGUGAAUCGGGCUUGGGUAAAUCGACACUCAUUAACAGUCUCUUUUUGACCGAUCUCUACAAGAAUCGUCAAGUACCACCUGUCGCUGAGCGACUCGAAAAGACAACAAGAAUUGAGAAGAAGACGCUGGAUAUUGAGGAGAAGAGUGUUCGAUUGCGUUUAAAUGUUAUCGAUACGCCAGGCUUUGGUGAUGCAGUUAAUUGCGAUGAGAGUUGGCGUGUGGUUGUCGAUUACAUCGAUGAACAAUUUCGUCAAUAUUUCAUGGAUGAGAGUGGCUUAAAUCGCAAAAAUAUUCAAGAUAAUCGUGUUCAUUGCUGUCUAUAUGCGGUGCCACCAUGGGGACACAGUUUACGUCAAAUGGAUAUAGAUGUGAUGCGUCGCUUACACAAAAAAGUUAAUAUUGUAAUCGUGAUAACAAAAGCUGACACAUUGACAACGAGUGAAGUGAAGAGGUUAAAGGCAAACAUCAUACGUGAUGUUGAAGCAAAUGGAAUUCAACUAUACAAAUUUCCCGAAUGCGAUUCCGAUGAAGAUGAUGACUUUAAGCGACAAGAUGAGGAAUUGAAGCAGAGCGUUCCAUUUGCUGUAAUUGGUUCAAAUUCAAUAUUUGAAGUUGGUGGUAAGAAGAUACGAGGACGACAAUAUCCAUGGGGUAUUGUUGAUGUUGAGAAUCCAAAUCAUAGUGAUUUUAUAAAACUACGUACGAUGUUGAUUGCAACACAUAUGCAAGACUUGUGUGAUACAACACAGGAUGUACAUUAUGAAAAUUUCCGAGCUCAAUGCAUUUCACAAAUUCAACAUAACGCCAAAUCAGGAAAAGUACGAAGUGAUUCAAUUAAAACACCAACCGGUGAAAUUGUCAUUCCAGUUGUUACCGAAACAGAUAAGUUAUUACUACAGAAGGAGGAAGAGAUUCGACGAAUGCAGGAAAUGCUUGCGCAAAUGCAAGAAAAGUUGAAGCAGCAGACAAUUGAUGUUUAAAGAUUUAAAACGUGCAGCAUAUGAUAAACAAGUUUUAAGGCAAUAAUCCAAAAAAAAAUAUUAAGAAACACUUCCAUAGCGAGUUGACUUUAGUGCUUCAAUUUGGAAGUACAUCAAUUAAAAUUUAAAUGGGAUUGAAAAUUAACGAAAAAAAAAAUCUUUAGAAAAAAAUUUCCAAAUUUAUUUUGCAGCUUAAAAAGUCAAUUUUAUUUAUUUCAAAAUCCUAUAACUUCUGGAUGAUAG